AGUGAUCAGUAGUGUUACGAUGAAGCAAAGUGUGACUCCUAUCUUGUUAGUGUUGGUUCUCUGCAGCGGAUAUUUCGCGAAGGCUCAACAGGAGAACGGUUCCGAUUUGGAGAGUGAUGUAGAAUCUGCUGAUUCAGCUGAUGCCGCCGAGCAGCAUGGUACCAACCAAUCAGGCAGCAACAGAGUUGCUCGAAUCUACAAUGGAGUGCCAGCAGCUAGUGAAAACCAACUUUACCCUGCGUUGAUUCUUGCGUACAGCGGCUCAAAAUUAACUCGAUUGGUUGGUAUGGUCUUUAGCGACACUUGGAUUCUCACUUCUGCAUCCGCUUUAGGCAGCGCAGGAACGGCGCUUACGUCGGUUUAUGUGUACGUUGGAAAUACACCAACAAUCAACACAACAUUAGUUUAUACCGCCGAUACAGCGUACAAAUAUCACAUCAAUUUCAAUAAGACCACGCUAGCGAACGAUGUCGGUGCUGUAGUUAUUAAUGGUAGUCUCGUCAGUGAUCCAAGGCAUUUACGAACUUUAAGCCUAGCAACCACUGAGAUCGCGGUAUCUACCACGAAUCGCACACACUGUGUAGUACUUGGUUGGGGUCAGUUGGCAGGUGGUACCCUAAAUAAUACUCUCGCUCAAGCCGAGUACGAACUGCUCACCGAUCAGGAAUGUUCGUCAGCAUUUAAUCAAACCAUACCGCCCUCGAUACUAUGCGCAAGAUCGAUAAAUGGUUAUGCGUGCGAUAUGGACGGAGGUGCUCCGCUGGUCUGUAACGGAGGAUGUAACCGAUUCGGAAAGUGAUGUGGAAUCCGCAGAUUCAGCUGAUGCCGUCGAGCAGCAUGGUACCAACCAGUCAGGCAGUAACAGAGUUGGUCGAAUCUACAGUGGAGUCCCAGCAACUAGUGUAAAUCAACCUUACGCUGCAUUGAUUGUCGCAAACAGUGACUCAGGUGUAUCACAAUUAGCUGGUGCUAUCAUUAACAACACUCAGGUCCUCACUUCUGCAUCCGGUUUGCUGAGUCUGGGAAACAUUACGUCGAUGUUUUUGUAUGCUGGUAGUUCACCAUCCGUGAGGGCAGCAAAAUAUUAUUACGAAAAAAGCUACGCACUACACAGUGGGUAUGAUGCGAGUACCCUAGCGAACGAUGUCGCUAUUAUAACCAUUGACGGCACCUUCGCCGGACAAACCAACGUGAAACCCAUACCCAUUUCAACCACAGAGAUUGCGGUAUCUACCACGAGUCGCACAAACUGUGUAGUACUUGGCUAUGGUCAAAAUACGGAUGGUAGCAAUAAUAAUAUUCUGUUUCAAGCCGAUUACGAACUGAUUACAGACCAGGAGUGUGCAAGUCUUGGUGUCAAACCUUCCUCUAUACUAUGCGCAAGAUCGGUAAAAGGCUACGCUUGCGAUUUCGACGGUGGAGCUCCGCUGGUGUGCAACAGUAAACUGUACGGGAUACUUACUGCUCAAACGGAUUGCACACCUUCCAGCACCGCGAAAAUUCAGAAGUUUGCCAAGCUACCGGUAAUCAGCAUUCCAUGGAACCCCGCUACCCUUUCAACACCGAGUACUACCCUAUCUACACCAACAACUACUGUGCCGACAACAAGUACUACUGUGCCGACAACAACGACUACUGUGCCGACAACAAGUACUACUGUGCCGACAACAAGUACUACUGUACCGACAACAACGACUACUGUGCCGACUACAAGUACUACUGUGCCGACAACAACGACUACUGUACCGACAAUAACGACUACUGUGCCGACUACAAGUACUACUGUGCCGACAACAACGACUACUGUGCCGACAACAACUACUAUUCAAACGACACCAACAACUGCUCCAUCCAGAAAAAACUACCUAUCUUGCGCCUAACAAGCUUGCAGUAGAAAAUUAUAUCCUACUUGUGGGAUUAGUUAGGAAAGCGAGUAGUUGGAGAUACCGAUGAUGAUCAGCAGAUGAUGCCGGAAAAUAAAUAAACCUGACAACCAUCCGCUACCAGAAGAGCUCAAUAUUGCUACAUUUGA